AUGGAGACCUACACAGCUGACAUGGACACUUGGCCCGGGGCCAUGGGGACAACUCCUUAUGACUACACCUGGGCUUUGCCCUGUGAGAAAAUCAACUUCAAGGCUCAGGCGGCUCGGCUCCUGCCCCCGGUCUAUUCUCUGGUGUUCAUCUUGGGCCUGUUGGGAAAUAUGGUGGUGGUGGUGAUUCUCAUCAAAUACAAGAGGCUCAGCAUCCUGACCAACAUCUACCUGCUCAACUUGGCCUUUUCCGACUUGCUCUUCCUCUUCACGCUUCCUUUCUGGGCCCACUACGCCAUGUGGGGUGAAUGGGUGUUGGGGAGCAUCCUAUGUAAGAUGAUCUCCGGGUGUUAUUACCUGGGCCUGUACGGCGAGAUCUUCUUCAUCCUCCUGCUCACCGUCGACAGGUACCUGGCCAUCGUCCACGCCGUGUUUGCCCUGCGGACCCGGACGGUGACGUUUGGCCUUGUCACCAGCAUCGUCACCUGGGGCCUGGCUGGGCUGGCGGCCUUCCCCGAGUUCAUCUUCCACGAUUUCCAAGGGACCCCGAGCGAGUCCAUCUGCAGCCAUUGCUACCCAGAGGGCCAGGAAGAACGCUGGAAGUACUUCCACGCUCUGAGGAUGAACAUCUUGGGUCUCGCGCUCCCCCUCUCCACCAUGAUCAUCUGCUACUCCGGCAUCGUGAGAACACUGCUCAGGUGCCCCAGCAAGAAGAAAUGCAAGGCCAUCCGCCUCAUCGUCCUCAUCACGCUGGUCUUCUUUGUGUUCUGGGCUCCGUACAACCUCCUUCUCCUCCUCUCGGUGCUUCAAGGCGUCUUGUGGGAGAACAGCUGUGAGAAGAGCCAACAGCUGGAUGUGGCCCUGCAGGUGACCGAAGCGAUCGCCCACACCCACUGCUGCGUCAACCCGGUCAUCUACGCCUUCGUGGGCGAGAGGUUCCGGAAAUACCUGCGCCAUUUUUUCCAGAAGCACGUGUUGAGUCACGUGGGGAAUUAUAUUCCCUUCCUUCCUGGGGAGAAACUGGAAAGGAGUAGCUCACUUUCCCCCUCCACGGGGGAUCUGGAACUCUCCGCUGUGUUUUAG